AACAUGCUUACGCAAUUUGACCUUGCUGAAUUACUUUUUCACAUCCGUUUCACUUAAUUCAUUCAUAAACAAACGUGGUUGAUCCCAUCAAUGACAUUUAACGGCGAUUUUACUGAAGAGAUAUAGACCAUUGCAGACAAAAAGAGAAGCAAAGGUGGUUUUAUAAAGCCUAAUGGAGAACAUUUUGUCUACCAUCAAAGAACUCCUGCAGAACCAAGCAGAACCAUAUCAUAUAGAGAUAGCAAUCCAAAUCAGAAAUAAUCAAGACGAUGGGGAGGAAUGUUUGUGUAAAACCUAUGAAUGGAAUGUUGGAACUAAUGAACUGCUGGGUCAUACGGUAAAGGAUACAACAGGAAAACAGCUAGGAUCAUCAUCCAUAUCAAGAGAGGAACAUAAUCCUGAUAUAAUUAUUUCAGAAGAAGAGUCUACUUUAACUCAUCAACUACCCCAGAUUUCAGAGCAAUUUAGAAGCAUUCAAUCCACAUUACUAGAACUGUGCAACGGAAUAAAGAAAAUUGAAGAUAGCAGAUCCUCAAACAAGGCAGAAAAAGAAAGCAAAAGAUUGCCUUCUGAUAUUCGCAAAGUUGCCAAUAAAUAUCAACAUGCAUUUGCAUAUGCGUUUAUUCGUCAGUUUGGACGCCUCCUUCAGUUGGAUGAAAGACAUUUGGAUGAAGUAGAGCAAUAUUCGGGAUAUGGAACAAAAGAAGUGUUCUGGCAGAUUAUAAGAAUAUGGAUGGAGAACUCGGAAUCCCAACACAUGACGGUGUCUAAUUUAUUGACAGCCCUGUCAGAGUGUGGAGUAGAUCUUAAAGGUUUAGUAGAUAUUGCUACUCUCUAGGUGA